AGGCCGCGAAAGAGCGAGCAAAGCAGCCAACCCAGGCAAAGGCGGCGCGCUCACCGUUUACCUGCCAGGUAGUUAGGAUCAUUCAGUGUAUUGCUUGCCACCGUUGAGCUUGAAGCCUCAACUCCGGCUCAGAAUCCCUGUUUCCGUGUGAUCCCCAUCGAAGCACUCAGUGGUCAUCCGAUCGAUAACCAUAGAACAUCGCGUCGCUGUUUUCUGUGACUCUAAAGAAAUCGUCUUCUGUGACUUCGUCUGUUUUGGGAUGAAAAGUUGGUUUUCGCGAUGUUGAUAUCGAACGGAAGUCCAUUAACGGGUGGUAGCGAUUUUACUAGUGUUGCCGGACUGUCAGGUUGUUGCCCUGUGCCAGUGGCACCUUCAAGGGGUGCUAUUGUUAAUUGGAAGAUGGAUCCUGUGGGAUUGCCGACCCCGAAUACUGCGCCUAUGGCCACUCAGAUCUCUAUGCCCCCUGCAGUGGCUUCGUCACCCUCAAUAUCUAGCUCUGUAGCACCUUCUGCUUCCACAGGAUCCGGUUCUUUGGGAGCUACAACUUUGAGAGACUUGUACGGGAGUGCUGUAUCAGCUCCAGGUCAUCCCUUGGCCUCACUCGUGUCACAACAGAGAUUUCUUGAACUGUCCAGAUUUGGGCUUAGGCAUUAUGAUCUUGCCCAGCAUAUGUUGUCUCAGCAAGGUGCUGUUACUAAACUACUUGGUACUCUAAGACCACCAGGUCUCAUCGGAGGCAGUAAACCAAAAGUUGCAACACCGGCAGUUGUGUCCAAAAUUGAACAGUACAAACGUGAAAAUCCUACAAUAUUUGCCUGGGAAAUCAGAGAGAGAUUGAUCUCAGAGGGAGUAUGCACAAACGCCACAGCCCCCUCAGUAAGCAGCAUCAACCGAAUUCUCAGAAACCGAGCUGCAGAGAGAGCAGCUGCCGAAUUCGCCAGAGCCGCAGGUUACGGUCUUUACCACCCCCACCCCUAUGCAGCUGCUGCAGCCUUCCCUUGGCACUCCCCCCUUUGGCCAGCGGCCCCCUUGGCACUCCAACCCGGUGGACACGGUUCGAAUGCCAUGGCGGGAUCUCCUGGUUCUUCUGGGUCCCCCCACCAAGACCACAGUUUGUUGAGUUCAUCUCCUGGCAACAUGGUGGACAGCAAGGACGAUUCCAGCAUGGACAGCUCGGAGCAGCCCAAGUUCAGAAGGAACAGGACUACGUUUAGUCCUGAUCAGUUGGAGGAGCUUGAAAAGGAGUUUGAGAAGAGUCAUUAUCCUUGUGUGUCUACUAGGGAGAGGUUGGCUUCGAAGACGUCCUUGUCGGAGGCUAGAGUACAGGUUUGGUUUUCCAACAGACGAGCCAAAUGGAGACGUCACCAACGCAUGAACCUGCUGAAAAGAUCUUCUCCCAGUACUCAAGGAAGUCAAACCUCGAUGUACACAGGUCGACUGACACCCUCUCCUAUUUACACAGGAGGUUCCACCCCUGGAUCACCCCACUCCACGUUGGUUCGAUCGACUGCCCCUCCUACUUCCCUAUUACACCAAAUGGGAGGGGAAAAUAGUGCUUUCAAAGCUCUGGUACCUAAUUCCAAGGAAACUGCAAGGCAACUUAGUGAUUAUUUGACGGAUUCCGAAGAGGAGAUAAAUGUCAACGAUGAAUCAGAUGUAGAAGAUAGAGAGUCGAGGUUCUCGAGUCCUGUCGAGGUUGUAGACUUACCGCCUAAGGAACAACCCCCUUGUCAACCCUUACAACUCACGAUGCACGAUAGGGACUAACACAAAUUUGUUUUACUACAGUUUUCCACAACCAAAGCAAUGUAUCAUAGGUACUUAUUUAUAACAACUUGUGUAUAUAACUCAAUUUAUUGUUAAUCUAAGUUAUUACGACUGAUGUCAACUUGUUCCUUCAUAACAAUACUGUGUGUUUCGCUCGAACUCUUUUAUUAUACAUUUCGAAAUUGUCACGUUGUAUAGAGCAACAUUGAAGUUGUAGCAAAUUAAGUUGUCACGUAUUUUUGUGAAUGGUGCGCACAAAAUGUUCAAAUAUAUUGUAAAUAUCUUCCCCUUAUGGGUGGUUUGUACAUAAUGUUCUUUUGUUAUUGAAAUUGCAACUGAAACAGUUGAUGUGUUGGUAAGAAUUUUCGAUGGAGGAGAGAAUAUUGUUAAGAGUAUUAAAGAAAGUUAAU